AUGGCUGCAGGACACACUCAACAUCCACAUCCACUUGCCCUUGUAGUGGAGGAGGAACCGCAGACCCAGGAGCAGGACAACGCUGAAGACGACCAGGCACUGCAGCUAGAGCAAUCCCCCACGCAAGAUGACAGGCUUGAAGCAACGGAGCUGGCGCGGUUAAGAAGCAAUUAUAGCCGCGUGUCACGACGAUCUGGUUCUACGAUAGCAGUGAUGAAGCCUGCAACAUUUCUGGGCCUUCUCACCUACAACAUCAAGAAAUUCUGGAAAAACCAAGUCAGCAUUUCCGUUGAUCAUGAAGCUUGUCGUGACCAUCUGGGUCGGGCGAGCACGGGAUCUCGCACCGCCUCAGGUCAAACUUUCUAUACACUUCGCCGUAAACAAACUGCACUGACAAUCUCAAUCAGCACUCGAACGAACAUUCCUUGGCUACCUGCGGACGUCCUUGGCCCUAUCGAUGAUGGGGAUCACUGUCGCUCAACUCUUCACAACCCUACCCCUAACGCGCAUUUUGGAUUCUUUGUCCUCGGGAAACCUCUGUCGUGCAUCUGUCAAGGAGCUGCUAUCUAUACGUUAUUUAUCGGAUGCUUCCGGACAUGGCGAUCUCAGAAUGCAAUUGUGAGGGGCAAGGCCAUCUCUGGAGGGUUUGAAAUUGUGGCAUUGGCCGUUGGUAUCUUUCUAAUACUGACAUCUCUACUGCUCAUGCUGCUGCUCUUCAUUCUCCUGAUCGCAGUGGACAUUCUGAAGGAAGACGUGACUUGA